GGUGCCAGUCUGUUUGGCUUCCCUUUCGCUCACGCAUACGGCAGCGGUAUUGAGCGGUAUAUAGCUCCUAACUAUUUAUUUUUAUUUUUCAAUUUAUGUUGAACUUUUCCUUACAUUAUCAUUUUAAUAUACAUAAAAUUUAUGUAAUAACCUAAGCUUUUCUCAAAUUAAACAAUUUCAAUCUUAGAUUAGUUUAAGUUAUCAGUUCUGCCGGGCGUCCUGAGACGCACAUGUUUUUUUAUACUAUUUUAGGAGUCCCGUUUGAUAGCGCCAUACCUAGAUCAUUCUAUGGUAGUUGUUCAACUGCUCCGUACUAGAUGCGGUUCUAAGAAUAUGUUACGCUUUCUGCCAAUAUGACCUAACAAUGGUCUUCAGCAUACCAGUUUAAAAUAUAUAAAUUAAUAAAUUUAAACACUAAGUACGUUCUUGUCGUCAACAAAUACAUAGAUCAAUCACUUUGCUUGGGCUUGCGUAGGUAUUUGGCCCGGAACACUCGGUCAAAGCCAAUGUAAUGGACAUACGUUUGCGUGGUCAUUCGACAACUGGCAAUCUGGCUUUCCCGAACAAAUUAUUUUGACGAUGUUUUACCAGAUUUUCCACAUUUAGAAGUUUAUAUCUGGUUAACUAGAUCUAAUUAAAAUCAAGUUAAAAAUACUAAUUGUCGACCCGAUAUGGAAUUCGGCUUCACCUGACCUACCAGAGUUCGCCCAACCUGUGAGAAAACGUUGGAAUUCAUUGAAACACCAAUACGAUAGAAUACAGCCAUACAUACAGUCGUUAUAUAGGCGGCUCAAAUUUAAAAAAAACAAAAGUGUUUUUUUCCAAAUGGAAGAAUCUAUGACGGAGGUGGUCCUAAAGUUAUACAGACUUGGGAAAUGGAAGGAAAUAGUGGAGAAAUAUCACGAUCACAAGGACAGAAAUAAACUACUGUGGGUAUUUCCCAGUGAAGACAAUUUCGAGUUCCUGAAGGAAUGUCUUAAAGAAUUUAAAUGUAAAGGAGUUGCCAGUGUCGGCUGUGGGAGUGGCCUGCUCGAAUGGAUGCUCCAGAAAGCUACAGGUAUUUCUGUAACAGGUAUAGAAGUCGACGGAGCAUGGUGGCACUGUAAAUACGCUCCACCCACUUUUAUACCUUUGAUUGUUACAUCGCCCCAAUUGAACGAAGAUGUCUUACUCGAAUUGGGCAACAAAGAUAAUGCCAUACUAUUUUGCUAUUUCAACAACAGAUCCGCUUUUGAGAACUACCUAAAACAUUUCUGCGGUCCCGUUCUCGUGAUUAUUGGCCCAGAUCAGGGAAAAGGAGUGUACACAGAGCCAGGGCCGUUCGAAAAAAUCCUCGGAUGGGAAUUAUACAAAUGGCGGGAAGUUAGACAAAGCAAAGAUUUUUUAUCUGUGUAUUUCAGGAGAGUUGAAGUGGACAGCUGAUGAUCUAACCAGACAAGAGACAUUCUUGACAUUUUGACUGCGGUUAUCCAAAUGUAUCAGCAAAACGAUGCAAUAAAACCGCAUUUAUUUUUUAUAUAAUUGUAAUAGGCAGUCUUUCAAUAAAUAUUCACAUUAUA